GAACUUUCUAGAUGGUGGAACGUUUCAGAUCUCCACAGCGAACAUUUGGACUCGCAUUCCGUGGUCUGCUAUCUGAUGACAUUGUACUUGUCGUUACUUGGAAAAAGUUCAAUUGCUGCUCUGCAGGCAACCGUGAAAUUGCUAACCUUAGUUAAAUUUCACCGUUUUAAUUUAUACGGUAUGAAAUUUUUUAAAAGGUUUUCUUUUCAGUCUGAAAUGCGUUCCCGAAAGUCUUCAUCGUCAAGCCAAAUCUCGAGUAAAAGUAAACGAGCCCGAAAAGAGGAAAUGACACGAGAAUUUGAAAAUUGUCUCGAACAGGUUUUGACAUGGCUUUUGGAAGCCGAAGAAGAACUAAAUUUGCUAGAAAAUGUGAAUCAGAACGAUUUAAAGGCAGUUCGAAAGCAGUUUAAAGAUUUCGAGCUAUUCAUGGCAUCUCUCACGGAGAGUCAAGAUACUGUAGGAAGAGUUCUGCACAGAGGUCAACUGUUAUGUGGAAAAGCUGAGAACGAAGACGAACGAACAGCAAUCGAAGGCCAAUUGAGAGUGGUGAAUGGCCGAUGGGAGGCACUUCGGGAACUUUCCAUGCAACGACAGAACGAACUACAACUGAACAUCAAUAAACUGCAAAAUUUAGAAUUGGAAUCGAUCGGUAAGUGGUUGGUUGCAAUAGAGUUAGAGAUGACGUCAUGCGAACCGCUGGCUGCAACCGCUGAAGCAGCAAUUCAACAAAUCGAGGCGCAUACUUGUCUUCAGUCAAAAAUCCAUGAUUUUCAGGACACCAUAAAUGAUCUCAACUCAUUCGUCGCUGUGGUUAGUUUUUUUAUGGUUUUCAGAGCGGCACAACUGGAUGGUUUGGCAGAGUUAUGCGCUCGUACGAACGAGGUGUUCGAUAUGCUUAACGAAUGGUUAAAAGAAAGAGAACAUGUACGUUUCGCGAUCCAAGUUUUUCAUUUAAUGACAUUUGUUCAGAUUCGUAUGCUUCAACACGCUGAGACAGCUCUUGAGGCAGAGCAUGGCUCGUUUGUAAAACUUUCACAGUUGAGUUGUGAACUGGUGGCACGUUUGGAAAAAGGGAAUAGCGCUGCUGCGAACGAUGUCCGUCGUCGUUUGGACACCGUCACCCAGCGAUGGGACAAUCUGGUAGCGAGGAUUGAGGAACAUAGUCGAACGGUAUUUCUUCCUUUUAUAAAUAUUCAUCCAAUUAAGAUUGUCGAGCGAUUUCUACGACAUGUUACCAAGCUGGCAACCGAAUUAGAACCACUUCAAGCUUGGUCCGCUUCCUUUACAAUUUCGAAGAAACCUGAACAGGUUCGGAAGAUGAUCAACAUUUGUCAGGAGAAACUUAUCGAAAUCAAAGAGCAAGAGGCGAGAGUCAAUCGUCUGCAACUUGAACUCGAACAUAUGCAUCUCAGCUCCAGCCUUUCAAAGUCUCAACUCAAGAAAGCCAAUGACGCAUUCGAAACGUUCGCUAAGAGUUGGGCAAAAAUUGUGACGAAGAUCAGCGAAGCGAUGAAUGUGCUGACGGGACAGGAUAUGUCCGACAAGGAGACGCGUGUGGCGAAAGGCAUUUUGCUUGUUGGAUUUAAACUUCAUCUAUUUCAGAAUAAAAACGUAACAUUCAUUGAAAAAGAUCCAUUGAAGAGGGCGAUUUUAAAGAAAGGCUUGGAUAUUGUCAGAAAACGAAUCGAAGUCCUUACAGAGGUAUUUCUUUUAUCAGUGAUUCAGUUUACAUUAUUGAAAAAAGAGGAUGUGAAGAAUGAAACACAAGAUGAACAAACGACAUCAAAAACUGAAGCAGAGGUGAAUUUGGAGCUGGAGAAUAAGUGGUGUACGGUAGGCGAUGUGGAUUUGCUGGACAAGGAAGUGCAAAGAGCUCAAAAAAUUGUCGAAUUAGCACGAAAAGAAGAAUUAAAUGCUGAAACAAUAGAAAAAAAAGAAAAAUCACCGAGUAAAUUUAGCAAUGCACUUUACUCUGGUUGGGUUUGCAGUAUCGCGGUGUCGGUGGAGGCGACAAGCAGCAGUGAUUUAUCGAUUGGCGGCACGAUUGUUGAAUUGGAGCAUGCUCGAGAACAGCUCACUUCAUACCAGACACUGAAGAAGGAAGCCGAGAGAGCUGCCGAAAAGAUGCUCGCUCUUGACGACAAUGUGCCACAAACGGUAAUUGAAGUAUUUUUUCAGCUUUUUAAAACUUUUCUUCUUUUAUUGAACUAUGAACAUUACUAUCAUUGCGAUGAUUUUCAGAAUCUUGAGAGUCUUCUGGAAAAAGUGGACUCACCGUUAGAAGUGGACGAGUCAUCCAUACCGUCAAUGGACGAGUUGUUCGUACGCGAAUCGUAUUUGCGACUGAAUGAAACACGACGGCGACUCGCGGACGCCACGCGGAAGCGAAUCGCCGCGUUGUCGCGUGCUGUCGCCGACUGUGAACACUUUGAGAAGCAAAUGGCGGACAUACAACAAUGGAGCAGUACCGUCUCCACAUUGUUGGAUUUGCGAAAAUCCAGUGAUGUGUCUGCGUUGGAUGUUCCGGAUGAAUACAAGGCUGAAGUUCCUUUUCAUCUAUUUCAGGAAUUGGCUCGUGAAUUCGAAAUAUGGUCGACAACACUUGAAGAAAUUGGUGAUUGGCUACAGCAAGGCGAACGCCGUGACAACGAACGAUUUCAUGAUCAGUUCACCCAUGCGAAGAAUACAAUGAUGGAGCUAAGCCUGAAAUUUGCUAAUUUCAAGCAUCCGAGAGCGUUUGAGGAGAAGCUGGAAAGAACAUUCCAUAAACUCGGCGACAUUGAGAUUUCACUUGAUGAUAUGACUGGUAUCGAAGCAGUUUUCUGUAGUGAAACACUUGAUGACGCUAAACGUCUUGUGAAGAAGUUGAUCUCCAUCGAAGAAGACGUGCAUAGUCUUGAAAAAGGAAAAGAACAGCUCAUUCAGGUUAAGAAAGAUUCACUUACUGAGGAUACGAUAGAACGACUAGAAGAUUGUGUUGAGACGUAUGCCAAGCUUUUACAAGAAUCCGAAGCGGUGGAAAUAUUUCUGGAUGGACUAGAUUCUAAUGAUGAGGAAGCAGUACAAGAGCUAGUGAAUGAAUGGAAUCGACAUGAAGCAUCGUUGAGAAAUCUGGAAGAAUUGGAACGAGUGCUUCGUGAGUACGCCGUGAAGGUCAGCGACAGUGUGUGCGCCGAGAAGCGUCGCCGAGCCGAUGCCCUGAAGAUGCGUCUCGAUGGCUGGACGCGGACCGUUCAGGAAAUGAAUAAUGAUGAGGAGACUCUUUUAAUGGAAGUCGAUGAGCUUCACGGCUAUUUGGUUAACGAACUCGAUAAGAUUAAAGACAAGGAGCCCGAAGAGAUCGCCAGUUCACUGCGAUUCCUACGAGGUGAUCGCGACCGCUUGUCGUCGCGCGCGCGAAAGCUGGCGGCCAUGAAUCCACGCCUCGCGAACGCGAAGCUCUGCAGCGAAGUUGCAGAUCGAUGGCAACAGCUCGAAUCGCGGCUGCAUUCGCCGCCUCCUGUUGAUCUACUCAAAACGAAAUUCGUCGAGGCUGAGGUCAGCUUGGAUUUCGACGCGUCUCCAGUCAGCGAUGUGUAUCAGUGGGAAAAACGAGUAAAGGCUGUCGACGAUUUUCUCAACGAAUCGCAAGCAGUACUCAAUGAAGUCAUUGAAACAGGCCGAAAUCUGGCGAAUAGCGGUCGAAUGGAGCUCGACACGCAUUGCGCCAUCGAGAAACUGGACGAGAUUGUAGCCAUCGCUGAUCAGGUUCCUAUAGAAUCACAAAAAUCUGCUUUGGAACCGCUUUUCGCCCAAGCAGAAGCAUUGGACAGAGAUCGCGAAGCUGCUGAAGAGGUGGUGGAUUCCCUGACAGCUCGGAAUCUCGACGAUCCAGUCAUCGCCAAUGCCACACGGCAAGAUCUCGCCGAUCGCGAUUCGCAAUUUGCAGCCUUAUCACAGCGAGCAGCCAGAAUUCAUGCAGCUCUACCUGGAAAAUCAAGUUCAAGUCGCGACACCACGCUGGCAACACUCGGCGACAAAUUGUCUCGUCUCGAAUCGAUACUUAUCGCCAAGCACGUGGUGCCAUCACGAGCUGCUAAUGCGACACCGAUUCGAACGUCUCCUGAUCGAACAAGUAUGAGCAGUACGGGACCGCUAGGUUCGUUACAGUAUGACUAUUUCAACAAAGACUUUAUGAAAAAUUUAACUGACUAUUCAUUAAAACAAAACGAUGACAAACAUCAGCUUCGACAAGGACUCGAAAAUCUGCAGUUCUGUUGCAUGAUUCAGAUUCGCAGCGACCUCGUGGACCGAUUACAAUCAUUGGCACAACUACGACGUGAUUGCGAGUCAUUCUGGAGAAUCGUGGACGACGUGGCACAUCGUGGCAGAGAUCUACAACGACGAGCGGCAGCAAUCAACGAAGCGGUGAUUUUCACUCCAUCACCUGAUCAUGUGAUGGCUUGUCGUAGCGAUGCUGCAGUACUCAAGAACGAUGUGGCAUUGAUCAAGGAGCGAGUACAGCAGGUGAACGCCAAUCACGAGAAGCUUGGUGGGAAAUACGAGAAGGUGGAUGCGAUGCCACGAUUGAACGCUCGCGACUCGGCUAACUGGCAAAUGCUUACACAGCUGCGACACUGGUUGAAUGAACUGGAGCGAGACGCAAGUCUUACGGUCGAUUUAUGUGAUCGUAAUGCGAUUCGUGACAUGACGAACACGGUCAAGGUAAGACAGGGAAAUGCCAUAUUGGAUACGUAUAUCCGCGACGAUGCGCAUACGAUGAGUCAUGAGUUGAGUAAACUGAACAUGCGCUGGAGUAAAUUCAACGAUAAUUUGCGUAUUCGACGCGCCGUUUUGGAGGCAACGCUCAGAUCGCAUAACGAUUUCAACACUGCAUUCAUCGAUUUUGAAGAGUGGUUGAAAAAAAUCGCGACGAGAGUCACCGAACUCGAAACGCUCACACAAAACACGCAAGCGCUAAAAGACACCGCUAAACGACACGAGUGGAUUCAACAACACAAGGAUCUCGAAAGCGAGCUCAACGCACACGAAUCGGUACUGACAGCAGUGGAUGCGAUGGGACAGAAGCUGUGCGCCGGGCAAGAGAGUGGAAAGGAGAAAUCUGACGUGCAAAAUAGAUUGAACGCUGUUUGUCAGAAGUGGAAAGACAUUGAUGCCUUCAUCCUACAAACUCGACUAACCGAGGCUGAACAGGAGUGGGAAAAACUAACAAACAUAUUGUCGUCUCUGAUUGGUUGGAUCGAGGAUAAGAGCAAAGAAAUGUUAUCGCAACAACCAGUUGGUGGUUGCCUUUCGGCUGUAAUGGCUCAAAGUGAACCCCAAAUUAACGAAGCGAUUACUAAUGCACACUCAUUCCUCAUGCAACAUGACUUACGACCGAAAAUCCACCGUACUGGUGUCUUGGCUGAGGACGACGAUGCCGACAAGCUCGACGUUGUACAACGUCGUUGUGGACUAAAAAUUCAUGCGGAUUGCGAAAAAUUGAAGGAGAAAUGGGCAGAACUGGGCACUCAGUUCACCGAUUGGGAUCAAGCCGUUCACGCGGCCGCCUUGCGUCUUCAGGAACUGGAGCGAGCGUUGGCCGAAUGUCAGCUUCAUCUAAGUUUACCAUACUCUCCGCUUCACUUCUGUUCUUUUUUUUUCUUCAGCGCCGUCGAAUCCGAAGUGGAACAUCUGCGUCCGGUUGAGCGUCUACGACUCGAAGAAUUGAAAGACGCACGUCGCGUUUGCGAAUCGCUAGCAAUAAGAGUUGGCGAUUUGAGAAUCCAUGUCGACGACGCGAACGACGCGUGUGGACGAGUUCUAGCUGCCGAUGCGCCACUCGACCAACAUCCUAGGAAUCAGCUCGAUGCUGUCAAUGAGCGGUUCUUGGCUCUGAAGACAGCGUUACGUAUUCGAAGUGCUGCUCUUCGUAAUGCACUGGCCGAUUUCGGUCCGUCAUCUGAGCACUUUCUUAACCAGAGCGUUGCUCUUCCAUGGCAACGUGCCAUCUCCAAAACGAACCAGUUACCGUACUACAUCGAUCAUACCACCGAAAAAACACAGUGGGAACAUCCCGUAUGGGUAGAAAUGACGAAGGAACUCUCUCAAUUCAAUCGAGUGAAAUUCAUCGCCUAUCGAACGGCGAUGAAACUUCGAGCACUCCAGAAACGACUCUGUCUGGAUCUAAUCGAUAUACCGAUGCUUGAAAAGUGUUUUUCUCGUCUAGUUGGUCUUUCAAAUGAAGAAUCACCUGGAUUGGAGGGCAUGGUGAGCAGUAUUUUGCCGCUUUUCGAACAACUAAAUGCUAAAUAUCCUCAAAUGGUUCGGAGUGUUGCGCUGGCUGUUGAUCUGUGUAUCAAUUUCCUAUUGAAUCUGUUCGAUCCGUCUCGCGACGGGCUUCUGCGCGUUUUAUCUUUCAAAAUCGCUCUGACUGUUCUGUCAAGUGCUCCAUUAGAGGAGAAAUAUAGAUUUCUCUUCAAUUUGGUAGCGCAAGACGGACAAGCGGAUCAGAAACAUAUCGCUCUUCUAUUGUACGAUCUCAUCCAGAUUCCGCGGCUUGUCGGCGAAGCAGCAGCGUUCGGUGGUUCGAACGUCGAGCCGUCAGUGCGUUCCUGUUUCGAGAUGGUCCGUCUGGCACCGACGAUCUCACUGACUCCGUUCCUGGAAUGGAUGAAACAGGAACCGCAGAGUGUCGUCUGGUUACCGGUGAUGCACCGUCUGGCUACUGCUGAAUUCGCUAAGCAUCAGGCUAAAUGUAACGUGUGCAAGAUGUUUCCCAUCGUCGGAUUACGGUAUCGAUGUCUGCGAUGUUUCAAUCUGGACCUCUGCCAGAACUGUUUCUUCAGCCAACGUACUGCCAAGAAGCACAAACUCAAACACCCGAUGCAGGAAUACGCAGUUCCAACAACAUCAACUGAAGAUGCUCGUGAUUUUGCUCGUAUGGUGCGAAAUAAAUUCUCCAGAAGUAAAAACAGUCUUGGAUAUCUUCCAGUUGAUGUCACUGACGAAGGUCGCCCGUUGGCAGCACUACCUCCGGCGGCCCAGAAUGCAGCCACCGAGGCCCUUCAUCAGCGUUCGGCCACCUUGGCGAAUCGUCUGGCACUGUUGACCGCCUCGUUGCCAGCUGAACCACGAGACGAACGAGUGGCCGACAUUCAGAGUCCGGCACAAAUCAUCAAUCAGGUGGAACAAAUGCAAAAAGAUGAACUGGAUCAGGUUUUACAACGUCUUCAACUGGAAAAUUUGGAAUUAAAGCGAGAGCUGGAACGUCGAAAGCUAGCAGUCUCCAGUACACCCGAUUUAGACAAAACAUUGUUAAGCAGUCGUCGAAGUGUCGGUCGAGGCGCCACACUGCCACGGCCGAACCACGGCCGAAGUGUGCCUUCUCUACAAAAUGCCCACAGUCAGAACGAUGUGAUGGAUGAAGCCAGAGCAUUGCGUCUCCACAAGCAACGACUAGAGCAUCGGUCGCGAAUAUUGGAACAACAAAAUGAACAACUUGAACUACAAUUACGACGGCUGAAGAAAGUCAUUGAGCAGGUGAGCAGUGGGGAUCGAACACGCGAACAACUAGCUUCACAACGUGCCCUCUACGACUCAUCAUCUCGUUCACGUUUAUCUGAACGAACUAAUUGGAAAAAUGAUGGAGCUGUGGAAUCCGAGAAUCGAACUACCCGCAUGCAAUCUCUAUUAGCAACUGUUGACGACCUUGGUCGUGCUAUGGAAAAUUUGGUGGUUUCGGUGGUAUACGAUAGCGAUCAAGAGCAUUGA